AGACAGGACGUGAGAAUGUCGUAUCUCAUGUACGGUGGUCUAAUAAUAAUCGUCGGUGAGAUAGUUCAGACUACACCUCCCGUGGGAUCAGUAGUUAAAUGUCAUAGGUGCUCGAUCUCCGCGUAUUUUAUUACAACCACACUGGGUGAAGAAGUCUUCUCCACUUUAAAAUUAACAUUGUCCUAUAUUAGUUUUAACUGCACAUAACGAGGGCGUUCUUCGUAGUUCGUAAAGUUGUGUCCUCACACCUUACAGUAAGAGAGCGCAGAGAGAAUGGAAUCCCAUCCGCAUGGAUCAGGACCUGCCUUGCAGUUCACAAGUGGUUUUAGUGAAGUAUCUAGACCCGUCAAGACCUUUCAUCUUCGAGACAUCUACCGCCCCAAGCCAACCCCACAAAGGACCCCUGUGGCAAUACGGCCACCCGGCCCAAAACCAGGUCCUCCCCAGGAGCCCGUUGUCCGGCGUAGGCAGUCAUGCGAGCCAGAGCCAAAACCCAUCAUGAGGAGACGGGCUAAAUCCCUCUCGUCCUCCACAGAAGAGCACACCUGCAGGAACGUGCAGGUCCGCUUCGUAGAUUCGUUGGGAUUGGAACUGGAAGAUGUGAAGCUCUUCAAGGCCAGCGAGGACCCAAUGGUGCCGGUCCACGUCAUCACAAGACUGCUGGCAAGCUCUGAGCUGGCCUCCAGGAAAAAGCUGGAGCUCUCUCUACCCUACUUCCAGCCAUCCUUCCCUGACAACAUGCGUGCCGAGGCUGGUUUCCUCAAGCGCUUGUGCCAGCAGCGAGUUUGCCUGGAGCAGGUGUUUUGCUCUGAGCUGGGAAUUAUCGGAACCGUGCAAGUGCUGAACUUGGCCUAUGAGAAAGAGGUUACGGUACGAUACUCGUUUACGGACUGGAAGUGCAGCGCGGAGAGUAAAGCGAGCUGGAUCUCCACCGUCCACAGAGAUGGGCCAGAUCCGGAGUCGGACAUGUUUCGUUUUCACCUGCCUGUACCGCCGUUUAUCCUGCAACCAGGUGCCAUGCUACAGUUCGCCAUCUGCUACCGGGUCAGAGGAUUUGAGUUCUGGGACAACAAUGGUGGGUGUAAUUAUAAACUGACCUGCCAGACGUACAAAUUGACGGUCCCCGGAGAGUGUGAAGAUAGCCUGGUGCAUUUCAUUUGACUCUCCACUAGCCAUGGUCAGUGCUGUGAAAAAGUGUUUGCCCCCAUCCUGAUUGUGUCUGUUCUUGUGUAUAUUUCAUACUAAACCUGAGUAAAUACAGCUUUUAUUGAUUUAUUUUCAAUGAAGCUAUCCAACACCUAUCACUCCUGUGAAAAAUAAAUUGCCCCCUUAAACCUAAAAUCUGGUUGUGCCAACAUUAACUGCAUCCAGGGACUUCCUUAGGGGGGUGCAACUGGUGCGGUCGCCGGAACGGACACCCCCCCCGGAACGCAAUCUCGAAUGGACCGAGGGGGGCUCCGCUCCCUAGAUCGCACCGGGCCCCGCAUCAGCUAAGGACGGCCCUGACUGCAUCUAAACGCUUCAGAUUACUGGAGAUCCGUCUUUCACAGCGCUGUGGUGGGAUUUUGGCCCAUCACACAGUGUGGCCCCUUGGAGGGUUUUCAAGCAUGAACUGCCUGUUUAAGGUCCUGCCACAGCAUCUGAAUUGGGUUCAAGUCAGGAUUAGGCCACUCCAAAACUUUAAUUUACCUACGUUUUCAUAGCACUGUAUGUAUAAAGAGCCUUUAUAAUCAUGUGUUUAUCCCAAGCAUAGAGUACUUUAAUACUAAUAGUCACACUAAUAGAAUUUAUCAUAAAAAAUGGCUCUAAUUUCAGGACUGGCUCCCACCCAAGAACAAUUAGAAUGCAAUACUUGAUCAGUUCAGUAUUAUUAUUGCUGUAGGAGACUUUCAUCUUUAAGUGUCUGUGCAAAAAUAGAACAGACUUCAUGCACAUUCUUUCAAUUCCUUUAGAGCUCAAAGCUGUAGGGAUAUUGCACGUUAUAGUGCUAUUUUAAUCAUUCACAGUGUCGUGCCUACAGCUAUGCAGUGCAGUCUUAACAUCUCUUUCAGAAUGCUUAAAAAUGUGUGAUGGAUUGUCUUGCAUAUUUCUACGCUGGAAAACUUUUAGAAUAAUUCACUGAGGUUUGUACAUUUGUUUCCAGUUGUGCCUUGUUAACAUCUUAUCCAGGAGUGCCAUGUGGAAUUAGACUAUUUUAAAAAUCAUUAGUUCUCUAAUGCACAAGCAGACGUUGCAACUUGCUUGUAUUAGUCCUAAUCAUGUAUUUCCAAUUAAAUAUGU